AUGUUGCAGCGAUAUCAAAUGGUUGCCACUUUCUUUGUCACAGGCAAUAACAUUGGAAAGGGCAUGAUCAACAACCGAUCCCUUCCCUGGGCUGGAUAUAUCGAGCGCAUGAUUGCCGAGGGUCACCAAGUCGCCAGCCAUACCUGGUCUCACCAAAACGCCAGCGAGUUGACUGAUGAUCAGUACACACAGCAAAUUGUCUACAACGAGAUUGCUCUUGCUGACAUUCUUGGAUUCUUCCCGACUUACAUGAGGCCUCCCUACUCGAUCUGUGGGAACAACUGCCAAUCACUCUUGAGCACCCUUGGAUACCAUGUCAUCUACUUCGAUCUGGAUACUGAGGGCUACCUCCACGACACUCCAGCAGGAGCCCAGAUUGGUAAGAACAUUUGGGAUCAGGCUGUUGGGCCAGCCAACCCCGCCACCAGGAGUUUCCUCCAGAUCGAGCAUGACCUGCAGUAUCAGUCCGUGUACAACUUGACAGAGUACUUCCUCAAGUCGAUCCAGGCCAAGGGAUUCAGGAGUGUGCCCGUCGGUGUCUGCCUUGGCGAUGACCCGGCCAACUGGUAUCGUAAGGUCAGCAAGGAUGUUCCCACUGUAUGGCCACCUGCAGGUGUCACUGUAGCAACCCCUACCGGCUCAACGGCAACUUCCAGCUCUUCGGCAUCGGCUUCUCCCAGCGGCGGCUUGGUGAUCAGCACCGACGCAUCAUGUGGCAACGGAAUCACCUGCCAGGGAUCAUCAUUUGGCAACUGCUGCAGCCUCCACGGCUGGUGUGGCAGCACCGCGGAUUACUGUGGUGAUGGAUGCCAGUCCGCUUUUGGUACCUGUUCUAACGCUGUAAGCUCCAGCAUAACCUCUGUGACUACACCCUCUAGCACCUCUUCCAGUAGCUCGACCGCAUCUUCAUCCGUUUCGAGCCCCCCCUCAACGUCCAAUGCCUCUUCAACAUCCAGUAUAUCUUCCUCCUCCACUACUUCUUCAACAUUUAGUUCAUCUUCAACACCCAGUGCAUCUUCCACAUCUAGUGCAUCUUCCACGUCCAGUGCAUCUUCAACAUCCAGUAUAUCUUCCACAUCCACUACUUCUUCGACAUCUAGUUCAUCUUCAACGUCAGCUUCCUCCACCAGCAUCUCCAGCACUACUGCAUCAUCUAGCGAUCUGAGUACCUCUGCUUCUACCAUCAUUCCCCUGGGCACAUCUUCCAUAGAUUUCACUACCACUGGCGCCUCAAGCACCUCUGCAUCUGUCACCCCGUCCACAGUGACAGACAGCGCCAGCUCUACCAGUACUUCUUCCUCAGCCACUACUUCUAGCACAGAUUUGUCUUCUAGCUCUACCACCUCCAGUUCAGCAAACAGUCCCACAUCUACCAUUUCUAGCACGUCGGCCACUAUGACGCCCAGCACAGCUUCAUCCUCUAGCUCCAGUACUUCUUCUUUUUCCUCUAGUUCAACAAGCAGUCAGACUCCUACCAGCACGUCGACUGCUAUAACUUCUGGCACAUCGUUGUCCUCCAGCUCUAUCACUCCCUCUUCUUCAUCUAGCUCAGAAAGCACUUCUGCUUCUACUAGCGCUUCAUUUACUGCCACCUCCCGCACUUCCUCGUCUUCUAGCUCUUCAACCUUCAGCACAACAAGCAUCUCGUCGUCACCAUCAUCCAGUGCGACAAGCACGUCUUCAUCCUACGUCAGCUCGUCCUCGACCACUACCUCUAGCACCUCGUUCACACCCACCAUAUCUUCCAGCACCAUCUUAUCAAACAAUGCUGCCAUUGCUUCCACUAGCUCCUCUAGUUCCAACCCCACCACGUCUUCCACCAGCUCAAGUCUGACGAGAACCCAGGGAAAUACUGCGACGACUAGCAGCUCGAGUAGCUCAAGCAGUGCUUCGUCUUCUUCCUCUAGUUCAUCGAGGUCUAGCACGUCGUCCUCUGCUGGCACAGUUAGGUCCAGUUCGUCUUCGUCUUCAAGCUCUACUACGAGCUCUCAGUCUUCGACGAUCACUAGCUCGAGGACUUCUUCAACGAGCACUAGCUCCAGAGCUUCUUCAACGAGCAGUACCAGAACCACCUCAACCAGCACUAGCAAAACGACUACUGCGGCUGCAAUACCAACUGCCAUAAAGGUCACCACCGACGGAAACUGUGGCAAGACUCUCGGUUUGACCUGCGACAGGUCCGGAUUUUCUCCUUGCUGCAACAACAGCAACAAGUGCAGUUGGGAUUGCAUAUCCGGAUGCCAAAAGGGUUAUGGGCUCUGUUUAUGGUAGGAAAACAAAUCCUGACCCCAAAACUUCGCCCAAGAAAGAUUCGCCCGCAGAAGCAAAUCAUCGACCAAUAAAGGAGCUUUCUGUCAUUGUGUUCCGCAUUUAUUAAACAAGAAGCCUACGGGUGACUUGCAGGUUGUGGUGAAGAAUGACGUGAGUUCCCACGACUCUUUUCUUCCUCGUUUUGUCGACAUUUCAAAGCUGUUUUGCAGUUCAAGGAUCAAGUUUUGUUGGGUGGCUCGUUUACAAUCAAUGGCGAGGAAUUCGUCUGAUUCGGUUUAAUGUUUUUAUCGCAAAGUAUACCCUAUUUUGUGGAAGGCCAUCAUUUAUUGGCUAUUCUUUUCAUAAGGAUAUGAGAAUUUUGGGAUACAUAUGUUGCUUCUUGGUCAUCGUAUUUGAUAGAAUAUUGUCUCUUAAAAAGCUG